AAAAAUAACGCUUCCACAUGAGAUUGUAUUUAGUUUAACACCUGCAAAUUAUUAUUUUUAACUUCAAAUUCUUGUUCUAAAAUAUAAGUGUUAAUCUUAAUAACUAACGCUGGCUUUUUAUACUGGUCUAUUUAAAUGGCUUCUUAUAACGUACAUAGUUUGCACGACCACUGGAGAAGGCGCACGUAUGAAGAUAGCCGGCGGGCGAUUGGCUACACAAGGUAUGUCGCCCCGUUAAAUAGAGUUAAGGCGAUCGUGGGGGUGGUGACAAUGGACGAUACCACGGGUCAACAGGUCGGAGUACGGGCCUUCAGACCGCAUAUAAAUUUUACUUACAGUGGUAAAGGCAAAAGUUUAGUGAGUGACUACGACAUAGCACUCGUAACGUUAGUAUACUAUUUCGAAGAAAGCUCCAUGAUGAAAACGGUGCCGUAUGUAAUGUUUACCAUUCAAUCUUUGCAGUCGUAUUUUUUUUCGACGGUCAAAUCGAAUAAAUGCGUGACGAUCGGUUACGGAACGUCCUCGGGGAAAAGAAUCAAGCAACUGAUGGUCCUGAAUAUGAUCGUGUUGCCUCAGGAAGGAUGUAAAAUCCCAACAGAGGAGAAAGGGUCCGUCAUCUGCUGCAAACCCGAAAGCAAUGCCAUAAAAUUCGGUCAUUCUGGAAGCCCUUUGGUAUGCGGAGGAAUGGUCUUCGGUUUAUUUAAAGUUUAUUACAACUACACGCUUGACGGAAAAGAAAUCGUUGCAUACACUUAUACGGCGGUUUGGCCGUUUCUUGACUACCUCGAGGUGAGAAUACGCAGGCAACAAAAAGAAAGUAGCGCCAUGAAGAUAUCGCCCGUUUUUAUUUGUCAAUUACUUGCCAUAGCCUUCGCUGGAUUUAUGAACUGUACUAACUUGACCUUCAACAGAUUAAUGUAGAAAUGCCAUGCUGCAGUGUUAUCUUCUCGAAUAUUCAAGACACGCUUUUGAACUUGCAAUACAAAAUUGCCUAAACUAA